AGCUGAUUUUCUUUAAUCCCAUCAAUGUCAUAACACAUCCUUUGAAAAAGUUAAGAAAAACCUUCUUUAUUAUUACUUAAAUUGGCUCAAAUGAAUACCAUUUAACUACAAAAAUGUGUAGUUUACUACGAAGCAUUUCACGCACGAAACUAUGGGCCACAACCUACGAUCAUCUUCUACAAAAAUCACUUCCAAUCGGCGGCGGCCCCCCAACAACUAAUUCAAUUCACACAACUCAAGUUCUCUCAGAAUUUUGGGAACGUGAAAAGAAAGGUGGUUACCGCACCGAAUUGCCACUGCCCUCCAAAAAACAACUCAUACUCGAUGGAUUAAAAGAGCUCAAACAAGAAAUUUCUCUAUGGAAGGACGAGGUAAAGGAAAGACUAGAAAGUGAUCCCAUGCUAGUCUUUCGACCAGGUGAAACCGAUGUUGUGUUUAAGUUCCAAGACGAACAAGAUAUGGACAAGUGGGUAGUAACCACCGACAGUGACCAUAAUGAAGGACAAACUUCGGCGAAGUUUGAGAUUAGCGAUGCCAGUGCAGGUCUCUUUCAUGGUUAUGUUAGCGCGGAUAUAAUCAAAGAUGGAAAAAUCAAAAGAACCGGUUAUGCCAAUAUACGAUCCAAGAGAGUCAGGAAAUCCUUCAAAAGAGAAUCGACCUACGACUGGACACAAUACAACAUGCUAGUCAUGAAGGUAAGAGGCGAUGGACGUUCGUAUCUCAUUAACUUACACUGCGAAGGAUACUUUGACCUGCUCUGGAACGAUGUCUACCACUAUGUGCUUUACACCAGAGGUGGUCCUCACUGGCAAACAGUUCGGAUACCUUUUUCGAAAUUCUUCUAUGCAUCGAAAGGUCGCGUCCAAGAUCGACAAAGUGCAAUUGUUCUCAAUCGGGUAACACACUUAGGAUUCUCAGUCGGUGCUCGAGCCGGACAUGAUGGUCCUUUCAGUCUGGAAAUAAACUAUGUCGGGCUGGAAUUCGAUCCCAGCCACACAGAAGAGUUUGCCUACGAAAUGUACAAAACUGAUAAAUACGUUGUUGCCACAUAAGUCAAAUGUUCUCAUAGUUUGAAGAAUAAAAGAUUGUUUUUAUUGUUAAACAAAAAGAA